AGGGCUCUCUCUUACUCCCCUCACCCUUUUGGCUGCUCUGAGUGGGAAAGGGAGGGACUCUGCUACCGUGUCUCUUCCAGAGCAUUCAUUUUACUGGUCCUACUGUCCUGUGAAUAAUGGUGUUGUCACUGAGUGUGCGACUCUUGUUUUUUCAGGGGCUGGUGACCUUUGAGGAGCUGGCUGUGUACUUCACGGAGGGGGAAUGGGCUCUGCUAAACCCUGCUCAGAGAGCCCUCUACAGGGAGGUCAUGCAGGAGAACUAUGCCACUGUGGCCUCACUGGGGUUUCCAGUUUCCAAACCUGAUGUGAUCUCCCAGCUGGAACGAGGGGAAGAGCUGUGGAUCCAAGAUGUCCAGGGCUCUGAAGAAAGAGAGCUCCAGAAAGGUGCCCAGAUAGCACAGGGAGUGACCUAUGUCUGGAUUCUCUCUCUAUCCUUCCAGGAGAUGGGAUGCUGAGUGAGAACGAGGAGAAGAGUCCCCACCAGGAAGAUGCUGAGCAAGUAGAACGACAUGGGACAUUUGCAGGAAGAUCCAAAGGGAAAGUUUCUUGGAGUUGUGCAGAGGCAGAAGCCUGUGAGAGUCAGCAUAGGCCAGAGAAAAGCUUCUGUAGCGGCUCAGACGUUAUUAGACGUGAAAGAAUGAACAUGGGAGAGAGACCCUACACAUGCCUUGAGUGUGGAAAAAGUUUUAGUCAAAGCUCAAACCUCAUCACACAUCAGAGAAUCCACACAGGAGAGCGACCCUAUAUGUGCUCUGAGUGCGGGAACAGCUUCAACUCCGCUCUCACCUCAUCACACAUCUGAGAGUGCACACAGGAGAGCGACCCUAUACAUGCCUUCAGUGCGGGAAAAGCUUCUGCCAGAGGUCACAGCUCACCACACAUCAGAGAAUCCACACGGGAGAGCGACCGUACACAUGCUCUGAGUGUGGGAAAAGCUUCAAACACAAGUCACACAUGUUGGCACAUCAAAGAAUCCACACUGGGGAGACACCCUACACAUGCUCUGAGUGUGGGAAAAGGUUUAGUGGGAGCUCAACAUUCAGCAUACAUCAGAGAAUCCACACAGGCGAGAGACCCUACUCGUGCUCUGAGUGUGGGAAAAGCUUUUGUUGGAGCUCAGCUUUUAUAAAACAUAAGAAGAUCCACACAGGAGAUGGGAUGCUGAGUGAGAACGAGGAGAAAAGUCCCCACCAGGAAGAUGCUGAGCAAGUAAAACGACAUGGGACAUUAGCAGGAAGAUCCAAAGAGAAAGUUUCUUGGAGCUGUGCAGAGGCAAAAGCCUGUGAGAGUCAGCAAAGGCCAGAGAAAAGCUACAGUAGCAGCUCAGAUGUUAUUAGACAUGAAAGAAUGAACAUGGGAGAGAGACCUUACAAAUGCCUAGAGUGCGGGAAAAGCUUCAGAUUGAGCACACACCUUAUCGCACAUCAGAUAAUCCACACAGGAGAACGACCCUACACGUGCUGUGAGUGCAGGAAAAGCUUCAGUCGGCGCUCAGACCUGAUCAAACAUCAGCGAGUCCACACAGGAGAGCGACCCUACAAGUGCUCCGAGUGUGGGAAAAGCUUCAGCCAGAGCUCAACCCUCAACAAACAUCAGAGAAUCCACAUGCGAGAGAGAUCCUUCACAUGCCCCUGAGUGAGGGGAAAGUUUUAGACAGGACUCAGCCUUUAUGAGACAUAAGAGAACCCACACAGGCGAGUAAUGCCAUAAAUGUCUUGACUAGGGCUGGCCAAAGAUUUUUUUUGUAAAAUACAUUAGCUAAUUCCCA